CCGACUGCCAUCUUGUCCAGCGCCGCAGGCCUCGAGCCGACAUUUAAUCCAAGCCCUCCUCCGUCAGAUCCCAUUUGUUGCCAGCCGAACCUCUGCUUUGGCCAGAGGUCUGGCCCGGUUGAUCGUCUGUCUCCCUGACGACGCGGAGGUGCGCUGUUGCCGGCUGUCAUGUCUUCUCCAUCUCAUACGACGUCUCUCGAUGCGGUACAGCCCGCUCAAGACGUCGACAGGUCUCGUACGGACCGUCAUGAUUGCCGGCCUCGUCGGCGGCGAUCGUCUGCCCGACGUUGACAACGUCGGUGUGCCCCUUUUCUCGGUCGGCCUCGACGGAGGAUGGGCAGAACUGGCUGAACAGCUGCGAGCCUCCGAACGGAUGGUCGGGCUUGAAGAGUCCCGAAUGCGAGGACUCGUCGAGUUGACGCGAUGUCGACUGGCUGUCGGUGGCGCCAGUCGAUUGGCCGCUGGCGCUGGUGAUCUGAUCCCACCGGCCGGUUUGACCUGCGAAGCAGAUGCAUCGGACGAGCGCAGCUACAGACGACGGCUCGUGGUUGCCGUCUUGCUUGAGUACCGGUUGGCGGGACUCGAAGUCUCUUCAGAGCAGAUAUCCAAAGUGAGUGGAGGCUUGUUUCUUCAUCUCUUUGCUUCAUCCUCGUCCGGAUGGGCCAAUUUAUUUGGCAAAAACGUCAACUUCCUUCAUUUUUCAGUUCUUCUCGACCAUUUUUCCGAUCUGCCAGCGAAUCAGAGCCAUGAUAUGUAUUUACAUUAUUUCGUUUCAGACAGUAGGACGACUGGUAGUUGA